UGCAAGACCGAGGGAAAAAUGCUAGAUAGGCACUUCUCGUCUCUACAUUGGGUAUAUUAGGUAGGUAAUAGUUUGAAAUUCCUAUCCGCUGGCGGCCAUGGCAUAACCUCUUAACACGAUGAACAUGAGGCGUGGAAGCAUCGUCUGAUUUAAUCAUGUUCUCUGAAGUAGAAGUCUAAUUUAUUACUGGGUAGAUUGGCAAAUCAUCAUUUUUGUAUUUACAGGGAGAGGGCAGGAGAGCAGAGGGAGUUAAGAUGGCGAUAGCUAUGGCAAUCGCGGGGAGAGUAGCUCUGAGACCACUAGUACCAUCGACUUCCUUGUGCUUUCAUAGCAUAUCAUGUCUAUUUCCAACUCCAUUUUCUCCUCUGAGGACGAGGAGGAGGACAAGGUCGUGCUGGUAUAAAGCAGGAAAGGUGAGGGAGGUGGAGAUGGAGAUUGAGAAGGAGAUGGGGAUGGAAUGGGUGAGCAGAAAAGAGGGGUGUGGGGAAUUGAAGGGAGAAGACAUUGGCAAGCGAGUCAGGCUCUGCGGAUGGGUUGCUCUUCACCGCCUUCACUCCUCACUUACGUUUUUCAAUUUGCGGGAUCAUACCGGAAUAGUACAGAUUACAACCUUGCCCGAGGAAUUUCCUGAGGCACAUUCAAUUGCGAAGAAGUUGAGAUUGGAAUCCGUAGUUUCUGUUGAAGGGCUUGUAAGGUCUCGACCAAAGGAAGCCUUGAAUCCUAAGAUGACAACCGGUAUGAUUGAGGUGGCUGCAGAGACAAUUCGCUUGUUGAAUCCUGUACGGUCAGCUUUGCCAUUUCUGGUUACCACUGCAGAUGGUGCAAGUGACAUCAUAACUGAGGAGGUUCGCUUGAGGUAUCGAUACAUUGAUCUACGGCGUCAACAAAUGAAUAAUAAUCUACGACUUCGGCACAAAGUUUCAAAGGUUAUACGGCAAUACUUAGAAGAUGUACAUGGCUUUGUAGAGAUUGAAACUCCAAUUUUGUCAAAAUCUACACCUGAAGGUGCCCGUGACUAUCUUGUUCCAUCUCGGAUUCAGCCAGGAGAAUUUUAUGCCUUGCCACAAAGUCCCCAGCUGUUCAAACAGAUGUUAAUGGUCUCAGGCUACGAUAGAUACUAUCAAAUUGCAAGGUGUUUUCGGGAUGAAGACUUGAGAGCAGAUAGGCAGCCUGAAUUUACACAACUGGAUAUGGAGUUGGCUUUCACACCAAUGGAUGACAUGUUGAAGCUCAAUGAAGAUUUGAUAAGACAUGUUUUCCAUGAGAUUCUAGGGAUUGGACUUCCAGUUUCUUUUCCAAGGGUUACUUAUACUGAAGCAAUGGAUCAGUAUGGAUCUGAUCGACCAGACCUCCGCAUCAAGAUGAAAUUAGCAAAUGUGUCGGAAGUAUUUCGUGGAUCAAAUUUCCAAAUUUUCGCUGAUACCCUGGCAUCUGGUGGAGUUAUUAAGGCUUUGGCUGUGCCUUCUGGAUCAAGCAAAUAUUCAAACAUGAAUCUGAAGAAAGGGGAUAUUUAUAAGGAAGCAGUUAAGUCUGGGGCCAAAGGUCUACCUUUUCUCAAGGUUCUUGACAACGGUCAGCUUGAAGGAAUUACAGCUUUGACAUCAAGCUUGGAAAAUGGAAAAAGGGAGGAAUUUCUUAAUCUGUGUUCUGCAAAACCAGGAGAUUUGAUUCUUUUUGCAUUAGGCCAUCCUUCAACUGUGAACAAAACGCUCGGUCACCUGAGAACAUUCAUUGCUCAUGAUUUAGGACUUAUCGACAAUUCUGCACAUUCAAUUUUAUGGGUGACAGAAUUUCCCAUGUUCGAGUGGAAUGAUUCUGAGCAGAGGUUUGAGGCUCUCCAUCAUCCUUUCACUGCACCAAAUCCAAAUGAUAUGUCUGAUCUUUCCACAGCUCGGGCUCUGGCAUAUGACAUGGUGUACAAUGGAAUGGAGAUUGGUGGAGGAAGCCUGAGAAUUUACAAGCGGGAGAUCCAGGAAAAAGUGCUGGAAAUAGUUGGAAUCACAUCUAAAGAGGCAGAAGAAAAGUUUGGCUAUUUACUUGAAGCUUUGGAUAUGGGUGCUCCACCUCAUGGAGGUAUUGCCUAUGGGCUUGAUCGCUUGGUUAUGCUUUUGGCUGGUGAAACUUCUAUAAGAGAUGUCAUUGCAUUUCCGAAGACAACUACAGCUCAAUGCUCUUUGACAAAGGCACCAUCAACAGUUAAUCGAGAACAGCUGAGAGAACUUUCAUUGUCCAUUGAGAGAACUGACAGCACCGCUGGCAGCUUGAGCAGGUCAUAAUCUUCAGGAUCUUGAUUGGCAUCUCCAAUUUGAAAGAGCAGAUGAAUUUGCAUUAUGGUGUACGAUUGAGUUGCUAUGGCGGGCAAAAAUAGAUUUCUUGCUUCUUGGAUUCUGAUAAAAAAGCCAUGUCAGUGUGGCUUAAUUUUGGCUCUCUGUUGUUAUACAAUUAGGAAGGUAGCUCAAAACAGAUCUUGCUGAACUGAUCUGAACAUUCAGAAGGUAAUGAUAAAUGUUACCAGUACAAAUUAUUAGAAGAAAUCAUAGAUAUAGAGGAUCACCAUGUAUCUACACAUGCAUACAUUCUCUAAGCGGAGUGCACGGAGAAAAAUCUCAUUUCAAUUGUUCGGCUAUGUAAAAUUAUUUUUGUCUAAUAUUUAAGCUUCCAAUUUUUAGAACAAAAACUUGUACAAUAAAUUUGAUAGCCUAUCCACUGUUUCUGGUGUUAAAUGUACCUUUUUAAAAAUUAGAGGGAGGGAUUGCAUUUUAAUGCAAUGGACUCUCACAAUCAUCUUUGGUUCCUACAAUUCCCA